AUGGCAACAAUCAACAUUUCAGGAACAGCCAUACCCCGCCUAUGCUUCGGAGUGGGAACCCUCAUGAAAUGGGCCCCCGGCCAUACUCACCCGCUUCCUACGGACAGCAGCGUCGAAGUUCAACAAGCAAUUGACGCUGGCUUCCGCCACUUCAAUACUGGUGAUAUCUACACCAACAAUGACAGCUUUGCUCAAGUCCUCCGUCGCAACAAUCUCGCACGCUCCGAGAUCUUCCUGUCCCUAAAGAUCAACACUUACGCGUCCCUAGGAUGUCGAGGCCGCGAUCACAUGAUCCAGAGCGUAAAGGAAGAGAUCGAGCGGUUUGGGAUAUUAGAAGGCUAUUUCGACAUUCUGCAGCUGCACUUCCCGCCCCGCGGUUACGCUGGGAACAUGACCAAUCGUGAAGCAUGGCGUGUGCUGGAAGACCUCAAGGAUCGGGGAGUUGCUCGCAUUAUUGGUGUUUCGAAUUGGACCUUGCCUGAUUACCAUGACAUCUUCAACGCCACCGACCUCAAGUACCCUCCGCAGCUUAACGAGUACGAAUUCAAUCCUUUCUUGUUGUCUGACGACAACUUCCGGAAACUCCGCGAGUUCGAAUUCAAGCACAAUGUCGUCCCAAUGAACUAUGGGUUUUUGACAGCCAUUAGCGGCCGCUUGCCAACUGCAAAUAGCAUAGUAUUGUUGCAGAAGUUGGAAGAGCAGUCGAAGGAGACGAACCUGUCCACAGCUGAUUUGCUUCUCAGCUGGGCAUACUACCGGCUUGGCGGCAUUGUCGUGACAUCUACGUCAAAGGCAGAUCGCGCGAAGAAGACCUUCAAGCUGCUUUCGGCCGAGAAAGCGCCUGUGAACAGUCAUAUCUACGAGGAGAUUGAGAAGGCAGCAGCGCUGGAUGGCCCCGAAGGCAAAAUUUUCUAUGGGCAUCCUCAUAUGGAGAAAGCUCGUCAGGAGCAUAUGAAUGCUCCGAAGUAG